AUGAUAGUUAUAGCAGGUGAGCCACAUACCUUUUUCUCGUUAUCGUUAUCGCAGCCGUCUACAUCAUCAAACGGAUAUACAAUAUCUCCUAGGGAUCAAUUUUUAUUUAAAAUUUUAAUUAUUGGCGAUGUUGGCACCGGGAAAUCAUCUAUCGUGCAGCGCUAUGCGCACAAUUUAUUCACACAACAUUAUAAGGCUACGGUUGGCGUUGAUUUUGCAACACGAAAUUUGCUGUGGAAUGAUGAUACAACACUAAGACUGCAACUGUGGGACAUAUCAGGUCAAGAUCGAUUCAGUAAUAUGACACGAGUAUACUAUAAGGAUGCUCAUGGCGCUCUCGUCGUAUUCGAUUGUACUCGUCAAAAUACCUACGAUGGAGCGCUGCGCUGGAAAACCGAUUUGGAUAGUAAAAUUACUCUUGCUAGUGAAAAACCACUACCUUCUGUACUUGUUGCUAAUAAGGCUGAUCUUGACAAUAAAAUAACAGAUGAAAUGCUAGAGGAGUAUCGUGAAAAAGGAGGUUUUCUGAAUGCUCUGAAAACAUCGGCAAAAGCCAACUAUGGCAUCGAAAAUACAUUUGGUUUACUAGUAGAACAGAUUCUUGAAAUAAAGAAGAAUGGACAAUACGUGGUGCCAUAUUCCCAGGAGGAUUACACAGUCAAAAAGUUACAUCAUGCAUCGGAAAGAAGAACAAGAAAAUUUGCUUCGAAGUGGCGAUCAUGCUGCAACUGA